AUGCUUGAUGAGUGGUGUGUUUUCGCUCUUGAAGAAAUAAUCCUACGCUGGCGAUACACCGCAGAGCAACCAACACAGCACAGCAGCAGCAGCAGCCCAGCAGUCGCGACAGACGCAGGAAGCGAUGGAUUUAUGUCGGGAACUGCUGCAUCGUACGCUGAGCAAAUGCUUGUUGCCUGGCGCAAGGAUCCAUCCUCCGUGCAUGCCUCUUGGGCAGCCUAUUUCAGCAACCUCGAGAGGGGACUCUCCCCUGGCUUGUGUUUCACAUCUCCCCCCUCUUUCCAGCAGCAACAGCCUCAACAGUACGUCGCAUCAUCAUCGCCAGCAGCUGCUGCAGCCGCCGUUGGGAGCUUCCAGGGAGUGUCUCUGGCGCCUCAUCAGUUGCCUCGCGGCUCAGGAGCGAUGUCUGCAGUGGGCAUUUCGGAGGCGUUUUCACCUGCAUCGGCAGCAGCAACAGCACCAGCUUCAGCUACUUCCGCCGCUAGUGCUGCUACCGCAUCUACCACCAUAGGCGUCCACUCGGUGCUUCCCAUCGUGCCGGGCGCUGCCGGAUCCUUGCCACUCUCCUCUUUGCCGCAUCAAUCUGUCCACGACACCUCCCGCUUGAUUCAGAUGAUUCGAGGAUACCAGAUGCGGGGGCAUGAAUUGGCGAAGAUCAAUCCUCUCUCCCUGCCGCGGAAGCCUCCCUACUGCACCGUGCGAGCCGCGCAAAGACCACUGCUGCUUUCUCCCGAGCAGUACGGAUUCACGGCAGCAGAUCUAGACAGAGUGUACGACACGAGGGUUCCUGGGAUGCAAGCCAUCCACCUCGUCGUGAACAAUCAAAUAGGCUUUACCACCAAUCCUAUCGACUCUGGAAGCGGCAAAUACUGCACCGACAUCGCCAAAGCCGUCGAUGCGCCCAUCAUCCACGUCAACGCCGAUGAUCCCGAAGCCGUCACCUUCGCGUGCGAACUGGCUCUCGAAUUCCGCCAAAAAUUCAAGCACGAUGUCUUCAUCGACAUCGUAGGCUACAGACGCUUUGGACACAACGAACUAGACAUGCCCAAAUUCACGCAGCCGCUCACAUACACGCUCAUCGCCAGAAAGAAACCUGCACUUGAACUGUAUGCCGAAAAGCUUAUUCGGGAGGACGUCGUGAGCACGGAAGACGUCUCGAGGCUCAAGGGGGAUAUUUGGGAUUUUUAUACCCGCGAAUACGAAAACAGCAAGCAUUUCGUUCCAGCACACCAGUACCAGUAUGCCCCCCAGUGGACUCAUCUGGUGACACCUGACCAUCCUUCUCCCCCGCGUGUUACAGGAGUUCGCCUGUCCACGCUGCGUGACUUAGGCCGUCGCAUCUUCACUAUUCCUGAGGGUUUUGUUGCUCACCCCACGAUUUCACGUAUUUUCAAGCAACGACUUGCGGCAGUCGAGGGUUCUGAGGAAGAGCCAAGCCUCGAUUUCGGUGCUGCAGAAAAUCUCGCCUAUGCCUCGCUGCUGAGCGAUGGCUUCCAUGUUCGCCUAGCCGGCCAGGAUGCUCAACGGGGGACGUUUUCUCACCGCCACGCAGUUCUCUCCGAUCAGGCAGUUGAGGCGCAGCAUUGCAUCUUCGAUUCUCUGAAAGAUUUACGCCUCCCGCACAAAAUUGCGGUGUGCAAUUCGCUGUUAUCCGAAUACGCUGUCCUGGCUGCUUCUGUCUUCUAA